AUGAGUGGAGAGCCCCAGCCCUGCCAGACCCAGUGCACCACCACGUGCUGCACCACCACGUGCGCCGAGCCCUGCGGCACCCAGUGCACCACCACGUGCUGCACCACGCAGUGCGCCGAGCCCUGCCAGACCCAGUGCGUGGAGGUCUGUCCCCAGACCUGCGUGGAGGUCUGCGCGAAGCCCUGUGUGAAGCCCUGUGCCACCACGUGCUGCACCACCCAGUGCGUGGAGCCCUGCCAGACCAAGUGCGUGGAGGUCUGUCCCCAAACCUGCGUGGAGGUCUGCGCGAAGCCCUGUGCCACCACGUGCUGCACCACCCAGUGCGUUGAGCCCUGCCAGACCAAGUGCGUGGAGGUCUGUGCCACCAAGUGCCCAGAGAAGUGCAAGGUCGUGUGCCAGGAGACCCGCUCCCGGCCCUGCUGA